AUGGCACGUCCUAUACAAGAUGCUAUCGUACUCAUGGGAGAUUCUAUCACUUCUAGACAGGAUGUGCCCCUCUCAUUGAAUGCUCUAUUGUCAGAAUGUUACAGACGUACAUUCGAUAUCCUCAACCGAGGUCUGGGAGCAUACAACACUCGUUUCUACCUUCCUCUCCUUGAUCAAUUCCUACUUCGUGAUACCGACUCGCCAUCCAACUCGGUUAUCAGACCUCAGCAAAUCCGUUUAGUGACUAUAUGGUUCGGAGCCAAUGACGCUGUCUUACCUUCUUUCCUUCAGCACGUCCCCUUAGAUGAAUAUACCACAAACCUCAACAAAAUCCUGCAAAAUUUGACAUCGAGAGAUUCACCGUACGCCGUCGCAAGUCAAGAUGGACCUUUGAACAUCGUUUUGAUCACUCCUCCACCUAUAUAUCCCGAUAUGAUGGGAGACGCGGAUUUCGCUGGACAGAGGGAACUUGAAAAUACAAGAAAGUAUUCGGAAGCGGUAUUGGAUCUGGGCAAGAAAUGGAAGGCGAAGGAAAGUGACGGAGGGAUAUGGAGGAUAAAGACGGUUGAUAUGUUUGAUGGGAUUUUGGAUUUGGCUGGAGGGAAAGGAGAGGAAUUGAUACCGUAUUUCACGGAUGGUUUGCAUCUCUCAACGUUAGGUUACGGAGUAUUAUGGACCAAAUUAUCUCAAAUAUUGGAAAGCGAUUUCAAAGGUCGGGGUAUCUCACCUUCAGAGAUUGAAUUUACCGUACCAGAUUGGUCGAUGCUUGAUCAUUCUGAUCCUAACAGUGCGGUUGAAAAGAUGAAAGGGCCUUAUAAGAGGGUAUAA